GAACCACGGCUCUGGUUCAGUAGUGGAGACGGUGGGUCCCGUUGUGUUGUGUGAGUGAAGCAGACACAACUCACGGCGUUUACUGCUUUUUUUUUCUCAGCUUCACUCGGUACUUUCAAACAAGUUUUGCGUGGAGGAGCGCUCGGCUUUGGGACUUUAUAAGGACCUACGGGGUAUGAAAGUGAAGAGGACCCUUCCAACAAAGUAAGAAGAGGGAGGCGGACCUGUACGUUUGAUGGCUGCUGGGGAUGGAGCCCAGCUGCCGGCCACAGUAGCGGCCAGCCGCAGCGUGGAGAAAGCGCUGGAGGACGCUGCAGCCAGCGGGGCUCUCAACCUGUCCAACCGAAAACUGAAGGAGUUUCCUCGCAGUGCCAAGAACUACGACCUGUCCGACAUUACACACGCAGAUCUGUCUAAGAACCGUCUGUGUGACCUGCCGGAAGAGCUCUGUCAGUUCAUCUCUCUGGAGACGCUGAGCCUUUACCACAAUGGGAUGCGUUCGCUGUGCUCCAGCCUGGGCAACCUGCAGGCCCUCACCUACCUCAACCUCAGUCGUAACCUUCUGUCCAGUUUACCCCCGUCGGUGUUCCAGCUCCCCCUCCUGCGAGUGCUUAUCGUCAGCAACAACAAGCUGUCUUCGCUGCCCGCCUCCAUAUACUCCCUCACACACCUUCGCCAGCUGGAUAUAAGCUGUAAUGAGCUGCAGUGUUUGCCCGCAGAGCUCGGCCAGUUAGAGUGUCUGAGAGACUUAAACCUGAGGAGGAACCAGCUAACCACUUUGCCUGAAGAAAUCUCUGAGCUCCCUUUAGUCCGGCUCGAUGUGUCCUGCAACCGGAUUUCCCACGUUCCCCUGUGCUACCGCCACCUGCGGCACCUCCAGAGCAUCUCGCUGGACAGCAACCCGCUGCAAAUGCCGCCGGCUCAGAUCUGCUCCAAGGGCAAAUACCACAUCUUCAAGUACCUCAACAUGGAGGCCUGCAAGAGGAGCCAGGAGGAGCUGGAGAGACACCUGAGACCCACCGGCUUCAACAGCUGUCUGUCAGACCAAGAGCUGUUCGCAGGUCAGUUUGGAGGGCUGGACUCUGGCUUCAACAGCGUGGACAGCGGCAGCAAACGAUGGUCUGGGAACGAGUCAGCUGAUGACUUCUCAGAGCGCUCUCUACGCUUGGCUGAAGUCAGCAGAGACCAGAGGAACCUGGAGGAGGAGGAAGAGGAGGAUGCAUCUCCUCUACAAGCUAACAAAGUGAACGGAGAGGCUGAGCAGGUGGACUUCAUCGACAGCAGCGUGACAGAAGAAGAGGAGGAUCCACCCACACCUCCCCUCACAGCACCUCCUCUGGAGCAGAAAGAGAGUUCGCCACCCUCCCAAAGCCAGGACUCCACGAUACACCGGUCCAGCCUCCAUUUAGAGGUGGUUCCCCCUUCAUCGGCCUCGUCGGCUCCCCUGUCCCCCUCCAGCCCCACCCUGGAGGAGCGCAGGAGGCCGGGUACUCUGUCCAUCUGGCAGGAGAGGGAGCGUCUGCAGCAGCAGCAGAAAGAGAAGACCAGUUUUCUGAAGUCAUCGACCAAAACAGGAAGUCAUGUGGCCUCUCCACCACAGACAGGAAGUAGCUCAGUUGGUGGAUCACCAGAGAACAGUACCUCCCAAAGUGGGCUGAGGCACAGAUGUGCAAGUGCUGAUCAGAUGAGCACUGUGCCUCAUUCUAUACUUCUACAGCGCUCUAGCAGCAGAACAGAUGUCCCCACCUCACCCAAGACGUCCCCUCCACCUGGUCAGGCCCCGAGACCCAACAGCUUCCUGUUCCGCACCUCCUCCCGCAGCAACGUCAAACCUGCAGUGUUCACUCUGGGAGAGUCCGGCAGGAGUGAGUCUCGCACGACGCUGCGUUCUCCUAAAGAGGAGAGACCAGACAUCAUGCAGCUACGCAAGACUCUGGAGUCUCGGCUGAAGAUCACUCUCUCGGAGGAUAUGGGUGAGGCUUUAUGCAACGGCACCGUCCUCUGCCAGCUGGUCAAUCAGAUCAAACCGCGCUCCGUCUCAAUCAUCCACAUUCCCUCCCCAGCAGUGCCAAAACUGAGCUCAUCAAAGUGUCGACUCAACGUGGAAAACUUCAUUGGUGCUUGUCGCAAGCUGGGAGUCCCUGAGAAGGACAUGUGUGUGUGCUCUGAUGUGCUUUUGUGCAAGCUGCCCGCUGUGCUGCGCUGCGUGACGGCCCUUCUGGCCACGGAGCAGGGGGGCGCUGUGGAGGAAAAGUCCCCCUGCCACUCCUCACCUUCGUCGUCAUCGUCCUUCUCCUCGCUGCUGUCCACAGAUUUCCUGCUCUUCUACUGUGUGGCCAUGGUGCUGCUCUACGUCCUCUACUGCUACCUGCUCCCCUAGAGCAUCAGCACACAACACACACUACGUAUACAUAUAUAUACACACAUGUCUGCAUACUUACUGAACACACACACACACACACUCAGAGUGACAGAAAUGUAUCAGCCAGUCACACUUGUACAAUUAAAGUGUUGUCAUCAGAUGACAGUUGUCAUCUCAGACAGUACUCUACUCUCUCUGUGUGUGUGUGUGUGCGCGUACCCUCCAUGACUGUAGAGCAGAUGUCAUCGGAUGUGAGUGUGUUGACACUCCAUAGCUGCUCUGGUUAGAUGUAGAACGUACAGAGCAGACAGCAGAGCACCUUUUAAAAAGAGAAAGUGACAACACUACAGAGCACACUGUUUACUGAGAGGAACACUAAGCACUACACUGAUGGACUGAUCUACAAUGAGAUGCCUUAUUUUAGUUAAGCCUUCACUCUCUAACACACAGCUUGUCUGAAGCAGAGCGGUUUCCUAGGCAAUAAUAAUCUCAUUGGUUGAGACAUGAAUGGGCGGAGUAAAGGAACCACACCCUCAAUCAAAUCCUAGUUACUAUAAGUUCUAUUCAUACCUGCUUUUUACAAACAUGCUGAAUCAUUCCUGGUCAUCAUCUGAGUAACUUCCUCCAGGCUGUCUGAUGCACACUGUAAACAAAAAUAAACAAGUCAACACUAAAGGAAGUGACUGUUUAGUCAGAGUUGAGAUCACAGCCAAAAAAAAGACAAGUUUGACAUAGUUUGUCUUUCAAACUUUCUUCAUAGUUAAAAUUCAGUGUGCUGCUGACCUUCACUUUCUGAUAUUGUGCACUGCUCAUUUGCUGAGCUGUAUCUUGCUGAUGCAUACAGCAGUGUUCAUUUGUGAUGAUGUACACAGCCAGCACUCUGAAUGCACACUGUGCAGGAUACUCAUCAUGUUUAUAUAUGAAUGUGCAGCUCACAUUAAAGCUGCAGUAGUGCAUUCUGUUGUUGUUUUUCACAACUAGCUGUAAACAACUUUUAACAUAUCGUUUUUAUUCAAUUGUUAUGGUGAACAUGUCAGCAAACACCUGCUUAUUUCCCCUGUCUGAACCUUUAGCUGUUAAACACUACAUGAUCAGAGCAGUGACACUGAUCCAAACGAUGAGCUAAAAGAUGCAAAAAUACCUCAACAGCUGAGAGGAAGUGAAGCGGGUACAUUCUGUCACUACAAGUGACGUCUUUUAUAAUACACUGAGUCAUUGGACCCAUUCUGAAUAUAAAACAUGAAUUAUUAGUGUAGCUUUAAAGUAUAUUAGACGCUUAAUUCUUUGUGUUAAUUCUGCUCAGUAAAAUGCAUGAAUUUAAAGGGAAAAUAUAGUUUAUUACUAGCUGAAUUGUACUUUCCCAGUUCUUUUCCAUCAGUUAAGAUAACAUUGUACUCACAGUUAACAGGAUGAGAAACAAGCAGUCAGCCCAUCACACAGGACGAGAAACCACCUUCCAGGUUAGCUGAAGACAAAAUCACAGUGAACAGUUACAGACUUAGUUUGUUAACAUCAGCACAUAGUGUGUGUUAGUGUAUAAUAGGCUGUGGAGCUGGGAAACGGCCUUCUUACAUGCUGCUGAGGGUUAACUAGAUAGAUUUAUAGACUGUGGUUCUUUGGCUCUGCUCACCAACUCUGAGAUUAUUCCUGCUUUGAGAGCAGCUCUCCCUCUGAGAAAAGUUCUAACUGAACUCCAGUCUGUGUGUUAGUGAGCCAACAUUUGUCCCUACAGAGGAAAGAAGCUGUCAAAGUAAGCUGAGACUGAACUGUGAAUGUGAUUUUUAGCCUUGAGACAGAUGCAGGUUGGUGAAAUAAGGAAGGACAGUGAGACAAAUGAUCCAGUGCCUCUUACUGAACACUGACCACUAGCAGAGACUUACUUCUUUUUGUGUCUGCCAUGUUAACUGUAAGCAGCAGGGGGAGCUGUUGCUGCAUCUAUGUCCCUCCAGGCUUCAUGUGUCCAAACUGACGGUACAAACCCUCCAGGAGGAAGCUUGUGUGUGUGUAAAGUCUUUUUCUGUCAUUGUCACUGGUCUGUGUGACCAGCUGGCUUUGUGUUCAUGUUUGUAUAAAUGUAAACAGGUUAUUAAAUUAUUGUUUUGUUUUUUAUAUUUAUUUUAAAUUCUGUUGUGUGUAUGUUGUGUUGCAGAGCUGGGUGAAACAGCAGAGGCUUCACUAAUGUAGUUAACGCUGUAAGAGCUCUGUGAGAUCAAUGUGUGCUUGCUUUAAAUCACACAAAGGUUUAUAAGAUGUGAUCAAUAUUCAAUUAUUCAGAGUUAAAACAACAUUGAUUGUUUAAAAGUUUACCCUCAUCACUGGAUUGGCAAAUCAUUGAUUCCCUAAAGGCUAAACAUUUAGCAGAGCAUCAGCUGGCCUCUGCUGUUUCUACCACACGCUGUGUCUGGCUUAUUGCUCAUAGAAGCUCAACAGAAUGGAAUCUGAUUACGAUGUUUAUUUCACUGAUGUUGGGUUUGAAGGCUUGAACUGAGACUGAGAGUUUUGGAUUGAAGCAGCUAAAACCUUAAAAAUCCAGAACAUUCAGUGUUUCUAAACAGAAUUUGACUCUUAUCAAGGCCUCAGAAACCACUUUUAAACCUUAAUGAGACACUAAAAGUUUCUACUGAAAAUGAACUAUUACAGUGAGUUGACCAACAGAACUAUUCAGAGAGAAAACUAGUUAGAGAAAGGUCACAUGGAAUUCUAUGAAUAAAUAACCUGAAAUGUCAGUUUUUAGGUCAUUUAGUUGAACAUGAUAAUAUCAGAGGAGAACGGUACUAAUACUGUUCUGACACACUCCCAAAGUACUCAAGCAGGACAUAAAAACAGCCAUUGAGUGUAAAUUGUAAUAAGUUUUAUACCUCCGUCCACUUCAUGUCUACGUCUCUGCUGUUGUCUCUAGGUCAGUGUCCACUGUAAAAUGCUCCCUCCCCAUGUUUUUUUUAGCCUGCUGUUAAAAUGAAAUUUAUAGUUCAAUUCAAAUGUAUAUUUUAUAAAUCAAACUGGAUAAGCAACUGACAGUAAUUCACUCACUGGCUUAGACCCAGCUAUAUUCUUUAAUAUGUUAGAGGAACAGAAAUACUGUUGUAUUUUAUAUUUAUACAAUAUCAUUGUAUUAUUAAGAUUCAUUUUUGAGUUUAUAUAAAUCUAUAUGUAAAGUUUGUUUUCCUUCCGCUGUAAAGAAAUUAUUAAAAUGAA